GAGCGGCGGCGGCCGCGCUGCCGUGGGGCGGCAUCCGACGGGCUGGGCUGGGCGGCACCGCGCCCGCAGCAGCCACCGGCGCUUCCUUCUGGCAGCAGGGAGAGGGAGCGCAGGUAGGACCCUGCGCCGCGCCCCUUCCCCGCGCCAGGGCCGCUGCGGUGCCGGCAGAGGCGGGCGCCUCGCCGCAGACCGGGCUGCGCAUCCCGGCCUCGGCGCUCCGGGAGCGCUCGCAGACCGGAGCCGCCCGCUGCCUGCGGGGUGUCCCCGCCGCUUUGCGCCGCCCGGGCUGUGCUACAUGUGCCCUGCGGCUCGGCAGCCAGCAGCCCAGGGGCCGGAGCUGCGCCGGGAGGACGGCCAGAAAACCCCCCGUAAGUAGCUGCCUGCCGCUGCCGGGCUGCCUUUGUUCGGUGGAAGGUGUAAGGAGGCGUGCGGGUGAUUUUCAGGAGGUGUCACUUCGCUGCUGCCGCGGAAUUCAAUGGCUGGGCUGGUUCUCUCCGAUUCCUUCUGCUUCCCCUUUGUUAGCGUUCUCCCGGGGAGUCCUGUAUUGUUUCAGCUUCACUGAAAGACGAGCAGGAGCUGUCAAAGAGAUGACUUUGUUCGCUGCGGUGCUUGUCUCGAGCAGCAUCGCUUUGUUCAGGCUCCCGUGAGCCAUUUGUCACCCGAGUGCCGCCGUAAGGAGCGGGCUGCGCUCCGUUCCCAGCCCUUCCCAGCCGCGGGAGCAGGCAGUCUGGGAGGAGAAUAUUACCCACUGGACCCUAGCAGCAUAUCCUGACUUCUGCUCACUUACAUUGAAGAAAAAAAACCCUUUCAGAGAGAGUGCAAGACUGUGUGAAACUAGGAAAUCCCACACCCCACAUUAAAAAAGAGAAAAUCAAGUCUGAAGUUUCUCUGACUUCGUCUGAAAUUGUAGGCAUGAUCAAUUUGUUUAAGAAACCUUACAAGAAAAAGGCAGGCAAGUUCCAGCCCUUCAAGAAGCUCUUCGGCAGGAGGAAGAAAAGAGAGCCCGCCUCGGAGUGCGAGGAGCCCAAGCUGAAGCCCAGCCACUCGUUCGGCAACAUCUGCAGCGGAGCCUCCUCCUCGGAUGAGGAGCCGAGCGGCGGGCUGAGAUCCUCCCAUUUUUCUAUGGGCAGUCGAGCUUUUUCCCAUGACAGUAUUUUCAUACCUGAUGGGAGAACAGAGAGUGAACAGGCCAUUCAAGCAAUGUCACAGGAGAACGUUUUAGGAAAAGUCAAAAUUCUUCAGCAACAGUUGGCCAAAAAUAUAAAAUUUGGGCAGCCUCCACAAAUGACAGUCUCUGCGAGGAGCAUGGGGGAAGCAAACUCCAGCACAGAGGAUGAUGCCUUGCUCAGCAGCCCCAUGGAGACUGAGACCCAGCAGGACACUGUGAUCUCAGACUGCAGCAAUAAAUCUACUGACACACCAGAUUUCUUGAGAAAAAUGAAUUUUCUUGGACCGGGACAUGAAAUGGAAGAAAAGGUCACUCCAGUUAAAUCAGCUCGGCCAAAAAGACAGUUUUCCUGUUCUGGCACAAUUGAAACAAUCAAUUUGGAUUCAGUUCCUCAGGCUCUUGCUCGUCUAGACAACAGUGCAGCUAAGCACAAACUGUCGGUGAAGCCAAAAAAGCAGAGGAUGUCAAGACAGCACAAGAGAUUGACAAAGGGAUCACAAAGUUUGACAAUAACAGAAUUUGAGCCAGAGGACCUAGAAACUCAGCUGUUUGAGGACAUAUACCCCGGUUAUAAUGCACGCUUCACAGCAGACAAGCUAAUCCAGGAGAGAGAGGAGCAGAAGCAGCUUCAGCUGGCAGAGGAAAAAAGAAUUGAAGAUCACUGGGGUAUCCUUGAAGCUGAAAGGAUAAGACAGAUUGUAGAAAUGGAAGAACAAAGAGAAAUGGAAGAAAAAAGGUGCCAAGAACUUGAGGAGAUGCGGAAAGAACAGGAAAAAAGGCGCUGUGAAGAAGAGAGGAGGCAAUACCUCCUUGAAGGAGAGACAUCUUUGAAAGCAGAAGAGCAAACAUGCCAUAAAGAGGAAAGAAGACUGAUGAAGGCUGAAAAAAGACAAGACCUGGAGGAACAGAUGCAGAAGGAGAAGGAGAAACAACAGAGACAGGAGUUAGAGAAGCAGAGGCUCAAGGACCAGGAGGAAAAACAGAGACGAGAGCUGGAAGUGCAAAAGCUGAAGGAACAGGAGGAACAACAGAGACAAGAGUUAGAGAAGCAGAAGCUCAAGGAACAGGAGGAACAACAGAGACAAGAGUUAGAGAAGCAGAAGCUGAAGGAACAGGAGGAACAACAGAGACAAGAGUUAGAGAAACAGAAGCUCAAGGAACAGGAGGAACAACAGAGACAAGAGUUAGAGAAGCAGAAGCUCAAGGAACAGGAGGAAAAACAGAGACGAGAGCUGGAAGUGCAAAAGCUCAAGGAACAGGAGGAACAACAGAGACAAGAGUUAGAGAAGCAGAAGCUCAAGGAACAGGCAGAGCAACUGAGACAAGAGCUGGAAGUGCAAAAGCUGAAGGAACAGGAGGAACAACAGAGACAAGCGCUGGAGGAGCAGAAGCACCAGCAACAGGAAGAGCAGAGACACCAGGAAUUGGAAGAGGAGAAGCACAAGGAUCUGGAGGAGAAACAGAGCCAAGAGCUGGAGGAGCAGAAGAAGGUAGCACUGGAAGAAUUAAGGCAACAUAGGACUGAAAAAGACAGUCAAAAGGAAGAAGAAAGAAACAGGCUAAAGGAACAAAAAGAGCUCAAGAAACAAAAUAAGGAGGAAAUACAACGACAAGAACUAGAAGAGAAAGAGCUUGAAGAAGCUGAAAUAAAACUGAAGCAGGAGAAAGAGCCUGACAGCCUCAAACAAGAGAAGAAACAGGAGGAACAACAACAGUAUUUGAAGGAGAAUGAAGAGACAGAGAAGAAACAACCCCAGCAAAUGAUGGAUAAGAAAAAGAAACGGGAAGAGCAGAGGAAACACAAACUCACAAAACAAAUGCACAUGGAAAGUUCAGACUAUAUUCUACAAGAUGAACUGAAGCAGCAAAAGGAACAAAAUGGACGUGAAUGGAACAAGCUGAAAGAGCAGAAGGUAGACACAGAAGGACAAAAUCCUCAGCCAAAACAAGAAAAUUCCUUGGAACAGCCAGAGGAAAAAGAUCAGUUGUGUUCCGCUGGAGGGGUUGCUAGGCAUCCAGCAGAGGAAAAGCUCCAAGAAGAAUCAAGUUCCCAAAAAGUCAAACAGCCAGAAAAAGGGACUAAAACAGCAGAAGAAAUGCUAGCCCAGAAACUAAAGAGAGAAGUUGAGGCUCAGGAGCAAAAGCGCAUAGGGGAAGAACUUCGAUGGCAAGAGGUAGAUGAAAGACAAACAGCAUCCAGACCCUUCACAUUUCAAGUGUCUUCUGGAGAUAAACAGAUCAUAUUUCAGAAAGUAAAUCUGAGCCCUGUUAUGCCCAUCAAAGGAGCAGGACUCUCUUCUCCAUCUGUCAAAGACUGCAGGGUGCACACUACCAGUAAGGGCUCUCACUCCCUCCCAUCAUCUGUGUGUGUACCCCACACAGCUAUUUUGGUUACUGGAGCACAGCUGUGUGGCACAGCAGUGAACUUGAACCAGAUUAAGGACACGGCUUGCAAAUCAUUACUCGGCUUGACAGAAGAGAGGAAAAAUGUGGAUAUUCCCUCUCCAGAGAAGUCUGAGAGAAAAAAACAGGAUCCCAAACCCAGCAGCAGCAAAAUGAAACACGCUCAAGAGGCAUUGAACAACCAGGCUGUACUGGCUGAGUGGGCCUCUAUCCGCUCCAGAAUCCUGAAGAAUGCAGAAAACAACAAAUACAAUGAGAGAGACCGGGUAGCUGUCUGCAGGCACAGCGAUGACUGGACACCCCGAGGACGCGGCGCUCCCCACGGCAACUUGAGGAAAACCCUCUCUGCAAAUGCAAAGUUCUCCAUUACACCAGCAUGGCAGAAAUUUUCAGACGUCUCAAAAACCAGUUCAGAUGCUGAGAAUGCAAAUGUGGCAAAAGGCAACGAAACAGUGGCUGUGGGGAGAACCACUGGCUCAUCUGCUGAUUCAAAGGAGGAUGUGGUUUCCACUUUUAAGGAUAACUUAGCUGAAAAGCCCAAGGAGAAAAUGGAAACCCAUAGGGAAGUGACAGACAACACUGAAGGCUGUAAAUUUGCUAAGGAUCUUCCAUCAUUUCUUGUUCCAAGUUUUCCACAUUCUAUGGGGAAGGAAUUACCCCAGCCAGAACUUCCCAAUGCUCAUGAAAACCAGCAGAAUAACAGCACAAAAAAAGCAGAUAAAACACCACCAAAUGGAGAAGAAAAUGUUUCGCCUUUUGGGAUAAAGUUACGAAGAACAAACUACUCUUUACGUUUUCAUUAUGAUCAACAGGCAGAGCAAAAGAAAAAGAAAAGAUACAGUGCAGGAGACAGUUUUGAUGGUGUGCCUGACCCACUCACCUCAACAGAAGGUGAGAAAGAAUCCUCUGUUUUCACUCCACAAGAAAGUACUUCUCCUGGCACUGGGAGAGCAAACACUCCUGGUAAUUUAAAAGACUCUUCAGUUACUGUGGUGGAGUAUUCACCACCUGUGGGCACAUCAGUGGUCUCACCAGCCACCAGCCAGAGUGCUCAACAUGCUCAUGAGAAACCAGCAUGCAAGUCACUGGUCCCACAGAAACCUGCUUUAGCUCCAAAGCCCACCAGCCAGACCCCACCACCAUCUCCUCUCUCUAAAAUGAACAGAUCAAACCUGUCUGAAAUGCUGGGGCAAAGGGUGGUUAAAGCUGAAUCAGAUGGUGGCUGGAGAAAAGAAGACAGAGCAAAUGCAGCCCAACCCAUACCAUCCAAUGACUGCAAAAAUGAAGAGGAAGAAAUCAAAGAAAAGAAGUCAUUUUUCCCAUCUCUAAGUAUUCCAUGGAGAGAAAAAAAUGACAAAAAGCCUGAACCAUUGAAGAAAGAAAAGCCUGUCCUUCAGAGCAGACACUCUUUAGAUGGCUCAAAAUUGUUGGAAAAAGUGGAAACUUCACAGCCACUUUGGAUUACAUUAGCACUGCAAAAGCAAAAGGGAUUUCGUGAGCAGCAAGCUACGAGGGAGGAGAGAAGACAAGCCAGAGAGGCAAAGCAAGCGGAGAAACUGGCUAAAGAAAAUGCUGCUGUAAGUAAUCAGUCAGAUAAUAAAAGCAGCAGCAGCAGCAAAACAAGCACACUGCAGAAAUCUACAACUCAAGAAGGAGAGAAGAAAAUUGAGACUGCUGUGUCAAGACUAGAAAGAAGAGAGCAUCUAAAAAAGUCGAACACCCUUCCAACUUCUGUGACAGUGGAAAUUUCAGAUUCUGUUCCAUCAACCCCAGUGACAAAGGAGGUGGCCAAGAGAUUCUCUACGCCUGAUGCUAACCCAGUGUCAACAGAACCAGCCUGGCUUGCAUUAGCCAAGAGGAAAGCAAAAGCCUGGAGUGACUGUCCACAGAUCAUAAAGUAAACUGUGAAGUUACAUCUCUAUUGCUGACUAUUAAUUGCUUUCUUUUAUUUAUUCUGCUUUUUACACAUGACAAAACUGAAAAUGCAUGUAUUGGAAGGACUGAAAACUGAACUGAUUACCAUUUUGCUCUAGUUCACUGUAAAGCCUACUCAAGUCAUAUACUCCAUUGCUUCAACAAAAAGCUAAAGGAGGUCAUGGCAAAAAUCUCACAGCCAGACUCUCUCAAAAACUUGAGUGCUCAGAUACUGGAUGUAAAUUUUAGCAGGUAACAUAAUAAGGGCCAGAACAGAAUAAGGGUUCAGAAGCUUCUUAAAUUCUGUUGGUAUUCAGUUCUGAAAUUUUAGAUCUCUAUGUUUGAGAUCUCAGAAUUUUUUUCAGAACUUCAUUGUUGAAAUUAAGGAAAGAUGCAUGUUUCUUUCUCUUAAGUCAUAAUUUAUUUAAACAUGUUAAACUGUAUGAACUGCCAGUUCUGCCUGCUAUUGGAAAGCUUUUUCAUUACAGAAGAGCUUCAGGAUAUACUCUUCCACAUGCAAAUGAUAAAUAGAUGGUACCAUCCAAAUGCUGAGGUAAUUUUUUUCGUCAUAGGAUUAAUACACUACAUUUAUAAACCCUCACUUCUAAGAAGAAAACAAUUAAUCCUACCUACUUAAAAAGCCACAAUUUUUUAAAACAAAUAUCAUUAAGUUCUCAAAAAGAAGUCAGGGAUUCACUGCUUAUUCUAGUCAUUUAAGUGUAUCACUGUUUGUGCUUGGCCAUAUUUAUGCUGCAUAGAGACAGUGAUUGUGGAUUACAACUUUAAAUCAAUCGACUGGAAUUAAACUGUUCCUGUGCGAAUGCAAAUUCCUGUAGAAUUUGUCUCAGCAAGUUCCCACAGGAGUAGGGCUGGCAGAACUGAGCUAACUCAGAACUGAAAGCUAAAUCAAUGAGAGCUUUAGGAGUUCUAACUCUGCAUUCUAACUGAUUUUAGUCCACAUGCAACUUCAGGCAGUUCAGGUAACUUUCUGUACUUUGAUCAAUAUAGCCAGAACACUUCAAAAAGAGGUUUACUUACCCCAUCUCAGGUAUCUGGUGUGGCAAUUGAACACUUUAUUACUUCAUGUAACUAAAACAGAAAUGUUCACCCCCCUCCCUCUUAGAAAAAAAGGAUAAAGUCCAUAAAUGUAAUAAAAAUGUCACUAUCCUCAACAUCCCACAGGAGUCUCUAGGUCUGCAUUUUAAAGUGUCAUCCUAUUCAAUAAAUCAACUGAGUUUGUUUUACAAGGAAGACUAAAAAAUUUGAAAGUCUCCUUCUUACAACCAUAAGGCUCAAAGGAACUUUUAAGCCUACAACAUGAUAAAGGGAGACAUUUUUCUGAAAAGAAAUCACAUCAUUAUACAGUGAUACAACAUAUGCUUCAUGGAAGUGUUUCAGCCAAACUGCUGUAAGCAGCAUGAGAAACAGCAUUUUAAACUAUGCAGAAAACAGAAUGAAACCUGUUAUACACUCUGUUCCCAGAAUCAAAAAGGAGUUUCAGCAAAAGUCAUUGUCAAGUACUGCCUUUCCCACCGAACAGAAAAAAGGGGCUCAGUGUCAUGGUUACAGUAGCACAAACACAGUGGGUGUGUUAGAACCAGUACAUGUGCAGCAGCAAGAUGGGCUUUCUUGGGUGUCUUGAACCAUCAGUUUUCCUUGGUUUUGUAUUAAAAACCAGAAUCUCUAAAGUAACCUUUACCAUGAAUAUAAAUAAUUCAUGUUUUAAGCAGAAAUGAGACAAUGCUGCUCUCAAAUGCUUGGGAAAAAAAUUUAAUGUCUUCAAUAUCUGAAGAAAGAACUGGCCCUGUAAUUACUUUUGCUCUGCUAGCACCAGGAAUUAAUGCAUCUUAAAGUUAAAUUUACAUUUUUUUCAAGUUUAUUUGCCUGCAGUAUGGAUAUAUAAUAACUAAACUGCCUGAAAUCCAUUUUUACAAUUAUGUCUUGGGAGGGGGAGCCAGGUUGAAAUACAGAGAAGGUGAAAUAAAUCCAGUAAAGAUACUGGUAUUUUGAAAAGCAUAGCAAAAUUAGGUGCUAUUGUGCAUGACAUAAUGAUGCAAUUUACCAAUACAAUCCAUUUACAGCACAUAGAAUAGAGCUUUCAUUAAGGAUGGUCCUAAGCUAAAGCUUCAAAGCAGAGUUUUUUUUUCAACCAUAAAGGUAUCUAGUGUAACAAUGGAAACUGUAUUAUGUACAGUACUUGAUGGAAACAUUUCUGAAGUGUACAUGUGCAACAGUGACAUUUCAUGUUAAAACAAAGAUUUGCACUAAAUACCAAUGAAGUGAAGUGUUACUUUGCUUUAGCUUUGUUGCAACCAUUUCUGAUAAAGUACUGGAAAUCUGUAAAAAUAAAUCCAAAACACUACUACCCAGUUUAAAACAACAGCAAAAACGUUUUAAGAACUGAAUAAACCACUAUGUAGUAUAUUGUCUCAAUUUUUUGUAACUUAUACACAAAAUACCAUUUCUUUUGACAAGGUUAUAUAUGAUUAACCUCUAUGUUCAUAUAGUAAUGUAUAAAAAACUACAAGAUGUAUAAUUGUGGGGUAUUUGUUGUGUACUUUUUUAAUUUUUCAAAUGUUUUAAAGUGCAAUUGUUUAUUAUACUGUCAUUUUAAUUCUUAUUAAACUAUAACCUGGUCAAAAUUAUCUAAUCAU